AUGUUAGUCCAUCUGGAGAAGUGGUGGAAGAGCAAGGCCCACCGCCGAAUCCGUGGUGCUCGCGGGGCGCGCUUUGCGAGCCUAAAGUUUCAUGCUAUUUAUAUCGUUACUGUGCUGGGGUUUAUCGAAUGGGUGAUGCGCUCGACAGAUGAACGGGCAGUCUAUCACAUAGCACCUCCACCGGUGCCCCCUCCGCCUCCACUUCCACACUCGGUUGGCUACGCCCUCUCUCAGGAAAUGCCGCAUCUGCGCUCGAUGGAGUUGGAGGAGAAUAUACCGUCGCACGUGCCACAGAUGCGGGGAAUUGACUACGUCUCACUUAGAAAGGAUGGUAAGUGGGUGUGA